AAUCACAAUCAAUCCAAUAAAAUAAUAAGAUUGCAAAAUUUAUAUAUAAUCCACCAUUAGUUUUCCAGAGCCAAGAAAAUGGAAAACAAAGAAGAAAACCAAAAGGCGUUAUGCAAACACAUCCCAGAUCUCCUCUCCUCCUUUGUGGACACCUUUGUUGAUUUCUCUGUCACUGGAGGCCUCUUUUUACCUUCACAAAACCCUAGCUUGGAUCCUCGAAACCCCCAUCAAGAAACUCCCCUUUCCUUACAAACAAGGUACCCAGCUCCUGAUAGACUCAUUGCCAUUGGUGAUCUUCAUGGGGAUUUGGAAAAAUCCAAGCAGGCUUUAAGGCUUGCUGGUUUGAUUGAUGGGUCUGAUAAAUGGGCUGGUGGGCCAGCUACUGCGGUGCAAGUUGGUGAUGUUCUUGAUAGAGGUGAUGAUGAGAUAAAGAUUUUGUAUUUCUUGGAGAAGUUGAAGAGGGAGGCAAUGAAAGAUGGAGGUAAUUUUAUCACCAUGAAUGGGAAUCAUGAGAUCAUGAAUAUAGAAGGUGACUUUAGGUAUGUGACUAAGUUAGGGUUAAAGGAAUUUGAGGAUUGGGCUUAUUGGUAUUGUUUAGGUAAUGAAAUGAAAAGUUUGUGUGUUGGGUUAGAAAAGCCAAAGGAUAUCUAUGAUGGGAUUCCUUUGAAUUUUCGAGGGGUUGAUUCAGAGGUUCUUCAGGGGAUUAGAGCUAGGAUUGCUGCAUUGCGGCCUAAUGGGCCGAUUGCGAAUAAGUUUUUGUCAAAGAAUGUGACAGUUUUGGUUGUUGGGGAUUCGAUUUUUGUUCAUGGAGGCUUGUUGGCGCGGCAUGUUGAGUAUGGAUUGGAGAGGAUUAAUGAGGAGGUUAGAGAUUGGAUUAGUGGGCUGAUGGGGAAAGCUGCGCCGAGGUAUUGUAGAGGGAGGAAUGCAGUGGUUUGGUUGAGGAAGUAUUCUGAUGUGGAGAAGAAUUGUGAUUGUUCCAUGCUUGAACAUGUGCUUGCUACGGUUCCUGGGGUGAAGAGGAUGAUCAUGGGGCAUACAAUUCAGGAGGAUGGGAUUAACGUGGUCUGUAAUAAUAGAGCUGUUAGGAUUGAUGUGGGUAUGUCCAAAGGAUGUGGUGAUGGGUUGCCUGAAGUUUUGGAGAUUAAUCAGAAUUCGGAUUUACGGGUUCUGACCUCAAAUCCCUUGUAUCAGAGUAAGCACAAGUCCUAUUUGGAUGCUGACACAAAGGAAGGGCUUGGUUUGUUGAUUACUGAAAGUGGAUCAAAACAAGUGGAAGUGAAGGCCUAGGAGUUCUUGCAUCUAAAACUGAUCAAUCGAUGCUUCUUCUGUGGAACCUGCUGAACAUGCAUUCUUUUCCUGGUUCCCUUGUGGAAAUCGGCAUUGGGUGAACAGGUGAACAUUGUUUAAACAUCACAGAACCCAAACUGUAUUGCUUCAACUAUAUUGCUGGCUGUGAGAUCAACACUAAGCCUGAUAAAAAAAUAGUAAGCAUUUUAUCUUA